AUGCUAAAAAUUCUAAUUCCAACAAUCAUGCUGUUCCCAACAAUUUGACUUUCCACCCCAAAAUGGCUUUGAACUAUCACAACCCUGCAAAGUUUACUAAUUGCUCUACUCAGCCUACACUGAAUUAACUGAGCCACAGAUACAGGCUGAACCUUCUCCAACACAUAUAUAGGCACUGAUCCACUAUCAACCCCACUCCUAGUACUUACAUGCUGAUUAUUACCUCUCAUAAUCCUCGCUAGCCAAAACCACAUCAAACCAGAACCCAUCAACCGGCAACGAACCUACAUCACACUUCUAGCCUCACUACAAACCUUCCUAAUCAUAGCAUUUGGAGCCACAGAAAUCAUUAUAUUUUAUGUAAUAUUUGAAGCAACCCUAAUCCCAACACUAAUUAUUAUUACCCGCUGAGGGAACCAAGCAGAACGUUUAAAUGCAGGUACCUACUUUUUAUUUUACACACUAACCGGAUCCCUCCCCCUAUUAGUAGCACUACUUCUGCUACACCAUAACACAGGAUCCCUAUCCAUACUAAUCAUCCAAUACUCCCACCCACUAACCCUAGAGACCUGGGGAGACAAAAUCUGGUGAGCAGGGUGCCUAAUUGCAUUCUUAGUUAAAAUGCCACUAUACGGCGUACACCUCUGACUACCAAAAGCCCACGUAGAAGCCCCCGUAGCAGGAUCAAUAGUCCUAGCAGCCAUUCUACUAAAACUCGGAGGCUACGGAAUAAUGCGAAUAAUAGUUAUUCUAGACCCAUUAUCAAAGGACCUAGUAUACCCAAUUAUUGCCUUAGCCCUAUGGGGCGUCAUCAUAACAGGAUCUAUUUGUCUCCGACAAACAGACCUAAAAUCUCUAAUCGCAUACUCAUCUGUCAGCCACAUGGGCCUAGUAGCCGGCGGCAUUCUAAUUCAAACCCCCUGAGGCUUCACCGGAGCCCUUGUUUUAAUAAUUGCACAUGGACUUGUCUCAUCCGCCCUAUUCUGCUUGGCCAACACAACCUACGAACGUACACACAGUCGAACAAUAAUCCUGGCUCGAGGACUACAAAUUAUCUUCCCAUUAACAGCCACCUGAUGAUUUAUCUCCAACCUAGCAAACCUAGCACUACCCCCACUACCAAAUCUAAUAGGAGAACUAAUGAUCAUCACAGCAAUAUUUAAUUGAUCCCCAUGAACACUAAUCCUGACCGGGGCCGGCACACUCAUUACCGCAGCCUAUUCAUUAUACAUAUUCCUUAUAACUCAACGAGGACCACUACCCCAACACAUCAUUAACUUACAACCAUUCCACACACGAGAACACCUCCUAAUAACCCUUCACCUCCUCCCAGUAAUCCUCCUUGUAACAAAACCAGAAAUCAUAUGAGGGUGAUGAUACU